AUGGAUGAAGACGAAGAAAUAUCCCCCACGCAGGAGAUAGAUUUCUGCACAUUGGGAAUGCUCAUAAUAGAUGAAAUCCACUACCUCCCACCCAGAGAACCCGUCUUCAACAUCCUCGGCGGAGCAGGUUCCUACUCCGCCCUCGGCGCCCGCCUCUUCUCCCCACCCCCGUUCUCCAAGACCAUCUCCUGGAUAGUAGAUAAAGGCAGCGAUUUUCCACCCACCGUGCACUCUCAAAUCAGCUCCUGGCAGUCCUCCUGCCUCUUCCGCAGCGACGCAACCCGCCUCACAACCCGUGGCUGGAAUGGCUACGACCUGUCCCAGAACCGCUCCUUCGCAUACAAGACCCCCAAACUCCGACUCGACGCCAACUCUUUAACGCCCACGCUCCUCUUCUCCAAGUCCUUCCACCUCUGCUGUUCCCCCACGCGCUGCAUCGAACUAGUAACCUCCAUCUUACGCCGCCGCAAGGCUCUGCACCCCGGCACCGGAAAACCCCUCUUUAUAUGGGAACCCGUCCCCGACCUCUGCACCCCCUCCGAACUCCUAAACACCACCAAUGCCCUGCCCUACAUUGACAUCUGCUCGCCCAACCACGCCGAGCUUGGCGCCCUCAUGGGCGACGACAUGCCCCCAUCUCCCACUUCCCCCUCCACUCCCACUCCUCCCUUCGACCCCGCAGCCGUAGAACGCUCCUGCGAACAGCUCCUCGGAUCCAUGCCCCUGCAAUCCUUCGCGCUCGUAAUCCGCUGCGGCGCUGCAGGCUGCUACAUAGCAAAGAACGGCGGGCGCAGCCGACGGCCCAGCGUCGUGAAGCGUCCGCGGCCACGGAACCACGCGCGGGGCGGCCUAACGCACGACACGGAUAUGGAGGCACUAUUCGCGGGUUUGAUGAAUGGGGAUGGCAGUUUUGAGAGGGAGAUAGUACCGGUUGAUCCGGGAAUUGAGACGUGGCUGCCUGCGGUUUUCACUGCUGAUGCUAAGAGUAAGAAUGCAGAGGAAAGUGGGAAUGGAGCGCGGGAUCAUGAGAGAGUGGUUGAUCCCACGGGAGGCGGGAAUGCAUUUUUGGGCGGACUGGCGGUGGGGUUGGCGAGGGGGAAGGAGGUACUUGAUGCGGCUGUUUGGGGGAGUGUGGCGGCCAGUUUUGCCAUUGAGCAGGUUGGAAUCCCGAUUCUCGGAGUUGAUGCCGAGGGCGUGGAGACCUGGAAUGGGGUGCGGGUUGAGGAACGGUUGAAU